AUGGCCGCGGACGGCAACGUGACGGUGGCCUCGAACGUGUUCGGCACAAUCGGGACCGUGCUAUGGUGCAUCCAACUGAUCCCCCAGAUAUGGCAUAACUGGACGCGGAAGAAGACCGACGGGCUCCCUCCGUUAAUAAUGCUGCUGUGGGCUUGCUGUGCUGUCCCGAUGGGAGCGUAUUUCAUCCUUCAGCAGGUCAAUCUUCCGCUCCAAAUCCAGCCACAGAUCUUCGGGGUCUUUUCGCUGAUCAGCUGGGGGCAGAUUCUUUAUUAUAAUCAUAAAUUCACCCGUGCCAAAGCGGUAUCGCUAGUAGUCGGCUUGACGGUCUUAUUUGGUGUGAUUGAAAUGCUGUUGGUCCUGGCUUUAACGGCUCCCUACCGGCAAGGCAUCACUUGGCCUAAUCAACUGGUAGGAAUUACCGCCGCGGUACUUCUGGCAGCCGGGCUGUUAUCGCCAUAUCUUGAGCUGUGGAAGAGAGAUGGACGGGUGAUUGGGAUCAAUUGGGUGUUUCUCUCAAUGGAUAUCCUGGGAGGGGUCUUUUCGCUGCUCGCACUGGCAUCUCAGGGGAUUUUCGACGUUCUAGGAGGGAUCAUGUACAUUCUCGUGGUGGUAUUGGAGGUGGGGAUCUAUGCAAGCCAUCUCAUCUGGCGCAUUCGAUAUCGCGAGCUGCGUCUCGAGGCAGAAGCCUGUGGGAAAAGCAUUGACGAAAUGUUGGAUGCGAGGGACGGCAUGGGGGAGAGUGAGCAUCUGAUCGACGGACUGCUGGAUUAG